GCCGCAUUUAAGGCGCGAGCUCUCUGCUAACCUGUCCCACUAGAACAAUGACCCCAUAAACCCCUCCCAUCGAUUUCUUCCCCCUUUCCAGCAGAAACAGUGCCUUCAAAUAUCGCAAUGUCCACCCAAACCCAUUACCAGAGCAACCGGUCCAAGGCGAAUUCCCGAGGCAGAACUGCCGCUCCCCGACCGCCAGCCGAGACUGCCACGCAGGUCCCGAACCGCGACGGCGCCCGCGGACAGAUGGUCCAGACCUUCGGCAUCGUCAUGAUGGCCAGCCCAUUCAACCCGCUGCCCUUCCCGCUGCAGCUGCCCCUCGGUGCCACCCUGCUCGUCAACUCGGAGGGGAACGGGGCCGCUACUCGGAGGGGGCCGAGCUCCACGUCGAGUGCAGGCCGGCGCUAGUUAGAGGCUCCGGGUUUGCAACCUGCUGAGCUACGGAAUCAAUGGAGCGGGGCCGCUGACGUCUGCGGCCUGGUCGGGAAGGAAAGACCAAGACCGGAAGGAAAGAA